UCUAUAAAAACAGUAAAAGACGAGUGUGUGGCGUUUUCCGAAGUAUUUAGUGCUGAAAAACACAAAACCGUUCUAAAUCACUGAAAAGGGUGAAUAUUGCACGUGUGGUAAUCAAUUAUUGUCGAUAAUAUGUGAAUUUGCCAAAAUUGAUACAAUACGAGUUCAGGAUAGGUAGUGAAUGGAAAAAAUCUCAUUGUAUUUUGUGUAAAGAACAAAUUCAAUUCGUUAUAUUAUUUUUUACCAUAUUGGAGAAAACUGGCUUAGUUAUUGCCAGUCGUUGUCAUUUACAAGUUUAGUGGUAUAGAUAUUCAUGUUGGAACGACAAAAAGAAUCUUCCUCCACAGAUACCCGCAAACUCGGAUCAGAAGGCGCUAUAUUCGCUGAAUCCGAAUCUGGUACUGGAGGAGUGGUUGUAUCGGCUGCUGGUUCGACAGUGGAAGUAUCUGAGAGCAAGAAAAAAAUGAAUGGUUUAAGUUUCAGUGAACUUUGUUGCUUGUUUUGCUGUCCUCCAUGUCCGGGACGGAUCGCAUCCAAGCUGGCAUUUCUGCCACCGGAACCUAGUUAUGACCUAAAAACAGAAGAAACGGCAAACAGUAAAUUUACUCUAAAUCUUCAUGAACGUGCGGACUGGCAGUAUGGAGAUCGGGAAAUGGAAUGUUUCGAAGCUUUUUUUGCAAGAUCUUCAAAAGGAAAUCGAAUAGCCUGCUUAUUUGCCAAGUGUAGCACGAAUGCUAGAUUUACGCUACUUUUCUCUCAUGGUAACGCUGUCGAUCUAGGACAAAUGACAAGCUUCUUCAUAGGAUUAGGCCAACGGAUAAAUUGCAACAUUUUCAGUUACGAUUACUCCGGAUACGGUAUGAGUACUGGGAAACCAAGUGAAAAGAACCUAUACGCGGAUAUCGACGCCGCCUGGCAUGCCCUAAGAACCCGGUACGGCAUCAGUCCGGAAAACAUUAUCCUAUACGGACAAAGUAUAGGAACGGUACCGACGGUGGACUUAGCCAGCCGGUACGAAGUAGGAGCGGUCAUUUUGCAUUCACCCCUUAUGUCUGGCAUGCGGGUGGCAUUUCCGGCAACCAAAAGGACUUGGUUCUUUGAUGCUUUCCCUAGCAUCGACAAAGUUCCAAAAGUCACGUCCCCUGUUUUAGUAAUACACGGGACCGAAGAUGAGGUAAUUGAUUUUUCCCAUGGAAUGACGAUUUACGAGAAAUGUCCCAGGGCAGUUGAACCUUUGUGGGUCGAGGGAGCCGGACACAAUGAUGUAGAGAUGUACAGUCAGUAUCUGGAGCGACUGAAGCAAUUUGUGUCGGUGGAAUUGGUCAACUGACAAAAACUGAACAAGGGUGGUGGUGGCCUUGAUGACAGAAAUUCUGAAAACGAUAGAAAGAAACGAAACGCAGAAAAAAGGAAAGGUAACAAAGACGUAGGCGACGUUGUGUUGGAAGUAGAGGAAGAUGAUGAAAAUGAUGACGAUCUUAUAACAGAUGACGAGAUUCUCAAUGCAUCGAUUACAGUAAGCUCAAACUCAACAAACGUUUCGACAGCAGAGAAACUUCUCUAGCAUCAGGGGACAGACGCUGGAAGCGAGUUCAAUCUAGCUUCCGGCGUUUCAACUGCCAUUC